GACGCUGAAACGCGGCGUCUGCUUGCUGUAGGGAUGUUAAAACUUAAAAUUAGAAGUUAAACCAAACUUUGCGGUUUAAAUAUUUGUCUAUUGUGUGUUCUCACUCGCUUAAGAAUUAACUUAAGCGAAACAAUUACCUACGAGUAUAUUACCUUUUCGAUGAAAGAAAAUUUUUGUUUUGACUACGAAAUAUCACCAUGUCACUUCAGCGUGAACGGCGUGUUAAUGCUGGCAAUCGCUUGUCAAAAUUACUAGAGGAAGAAGAACAAGAUGAUGAUUUCUAUAAAAGCACCUAUGGUGGAUUCAAUGAUGAAGAGGAUGACAAUGAAUUUGUUUUCAAGGCUGAAGAGGACCAAGAUGAUAUUGUAGAUUCAGAUUUCAGUAUUGAUGAGAAUGACGAACCCAUCUCCGAUCAAGAAGAUGAGAGUACCAAACGAAAACGUGGUGUAGUCAGUACUAAAGCAUACAAGGAGCCAAAAGCUUCCACUAGUAAGCAUUUAAAAGGUGAUAGAAAUAUUGAUGAAAUGACAGAAAGGAUUGCACAAGCCGGAGAAAAAGUUGAUGAUUCUUCAGAAGUUCCAAAAGCUAGAUCAAAAUAUGCCAGAAAGACAAAAAUUCCUUCUCAAGCCAGAGAAAAAAAAGCAGUACGUCAAACAACUGCAUUAAAAUCAGCUGAAACCGUUCAGAGACUCAGAGAAAGGGAAACAAGAGGAAAAAGAAAACAUAACAGGAGAGACAAUGGUGAAAAAUUAACUCAACAACAACUUCUGGAAGAGGCAAAGGAAACAGAGUUACUCAACAUACAGUCACUCGAAAAGUAUCAUCAGCUUGAACUGGAGAAAAAAAAGACGAGGGUUGUGAAAAAGGCUCCCACUGGACCAACUAUUCGUUACCUCUCAACUUCGAUGCCCCUAAUACAGGAAUUAAAUGCAGAGCCCGAGCGAAUCAAUGUCGAAGAAGAUGAGGAUAAGGAAGAUAGUCUAGUUAACGAGACCGGCACUUUAGCGCCAGUCGACAGCAACGCGUGCUGCGAAAGAACGUUCAUAACUUUUUCAAACGACAGUGUCUUAGAGGCUAAUUUCAAUCAGAAAAAAGUCACUCCACCUCAAAAGAAUUUUUGUCCUAUCACUAGGCAACGAGCCAAAUACUUUGAUCCGGUGACUCAGCUACCGUACGCCACACUUCAGUCCUUCCGGAUUUUACGUGAGGCCUAUUGCCAGCAACUAGAAGUGAAAGGAGACGCCAACGAUGCAGAGAUCAGUCGUUGGAUUGAAUGGCGUCAGAAGUACCGCCAAGCUCGACUAGCCGCUCUUGCUGCUGCCCGUUCUCAACAGGCCAAUGCGCAGGGAAAUGCUGUACCGACAUCGACGCAGCAAUUGACACCAUCUUCAGCAGUGAAGCCCUCUAAUGCAAACAACUCAACUACAACGAUAUAAACGAAAUCUCCACUCCAUUACAAUCACCAAAGGCACUACCCAAAAACAAGAGCGUGUGGACGAGUUGCGGUUUCGUGUUGACAACCCAGUACGUAAAUCAUCUGGCUGGACAACGUUCGUGCAACAACUCGGCCAUCGCUGUCCCACAAAGCCCGUUAUUACUACAAGUGUUUCUUGAACUGCUGCGUCCUUAAUGUAAUUUGAGAAAGGUUUGCAACUUGGUAAAAAAAUUCGAUUCUAUGCGCAUGAACACGACGACAGACAAUCUGACGGAUGUGUUUUAUUCGGAUCAUGCGCGUUGUAACGUGAUCAAUACAGUAGAAAGUUCUGUUGUAA